UAUACACCUUCUCCAAUCAAGAAGACACAAGAACCUGUGGUACCAUCAAUUCCAUCAUUCUCCCUAAUGAUACAUGAGAAAAACAAAAUAGGGGAAGAAAAAAAGGUGAUAGAUGAGAAAAAUAAAAUAGGGGAAGAAGAAAAGGUGAUAGAGGAUAAUAAGUUAACAGAAGUAGAUAAGGAUAAGAUAUACUUUUGGGCAACAGACGAUAGGUUGAACAAGGAUGAGACUUUGUGCAUCUUAAAAGAUAUACCUAGAGCAAUGCUUGUUAGGGAGGAUAUCAUGUCAAUGUUGCCAAGACAUCAGAUAAACAAUAUGGUUUUGAAUUAUAUGGUCUUUUUUUUCAACAAAUUAAGGCCACCUAGCUUUGAUGUCUAUUGCAUAAAUGCUUUUGUUUUGGGAGAGAUGUUCUCACAUUGGGGACACUUGAUCAAAAGAAAGAAAAAAAGUUAUGUACUUCUUCCCGAUGAUUUUGGAAAGAAUGGUGACAGCUUUUUUGAGCAAAAGGAAAUUCCAAAACAUAGAUGGUUAUUGGUGCCGUGUUGCUAUGACUUUCACUGGUGGCUAUAUGCUUAUGACAUCUAUGAAAAGAGACUUUUUAUCUUGGAUUCCUUGUAUAAAGAGGCUAAAGGAGAUAGGGUGCAGUUAGACAUAUAUGCGAGCAAAUUGAUUCAACAAAUGGUCUCGAUAGCUGUGCCAAACUAUGAGCUACCAAAGAAUGACCUGAUCCCAAUUUAUUUGAAUCUUCCUAGACAAUCAAAUAACUAUGAUUGCGGAUUGUUUGUAAUAAAAUGGGUAGAAAUGUGGAAUCCUAGUAGUAUUGAGAAUAAUGUCUCCAACAUGCCAGAAUGGGACGAAUUUGAAUGCGUUAAUCUAAGGAAGCAAUUGGUCAUCCAAAUGCUUACAUCACUUUCAAAUGCACUUCUUAAGGAUGUUAUAAACAAAUCAGAGAAAUAUAGAGUGGUAAAGCCAACUCCAGCUCAAUCAAGUCCUUACAUAGUAUGUAAUACUGAUGAGUUGAUGAUUGAAUGCCUUGGUUCGGCUGGGAAGGGGUUUAGAAAGAAAACUGUUGCUAAGAAGCGCAGAAACUGAAAUUCAAGACUUACAGUUACCAUCUCUUUUUAGGA